AUGUGUGGUACAACUCCUGAUUCUGUUUGCGAGACACCUUGCCUACCCAUGUUGGGUCUACCGCGCACGAUGAAUGGUACAACACCCAUUUCUGCCCGCGAAGCACCUUGUGCCUUGAGACAUCUCAUCCGCGACGGUGUCGAUAGAAGGAUCUUAGACUCCCUCUCUGAAUAUGGAUGUCUACGCAAUUUCCUCGAAUGGGUCGAAAUCGACCGUUCCCCCAAUCCAGACAUAGAAGAAGACGAGCUCAGGAUGUGCCCUUUGAUCUGGUGUCGCAAGACUUUUGACAGUAGAGAAUUAGCAGCUCGUCACGUUCCCGAUUGCCCUCGCCUUUCGACUGCGUGGUAUUGGUGCCCGUUCCAUAAGCGCCCCGAACGUUUCCUAAAGUGUAACAAACUCUGCGAGAAUGAUCCGAAAGUCAGGUUUCGAAACAAAGACAAUAAGCUGGCUGAAAGGUUUCUCAAUUGGGUCUGUCGCAGACGCUCUGAGAAAAGAUCAGCCGAACUGAAGGAGCAAAGAGCCUUGGAUGGAGGCAUGCGGCAAGGAUGGAAGGAAGAGCUUGGCACAGGUCUUGACAAUCAAAGAUUCGAAUCGCCUGGAUCGGCCCUAAACUCGUCCCGGGCCAACGACUGUCCUAUGUUGACGGGAUGGUCAGAUGAAAAAGCAAGAUACCCAGGCGUCCGAGUUGCCGAAAUACGUGACCCUAACGUCUGUCUUCCGGAGCUAGCAUCACGCCAAAGCGUCGUAGGGCCAAUUCACGAGAUGUGCGACCCUUUUUCAGCACUCUCACACGAGAUGUACGACCCCUCAUCUCCCCCGAAAAUUUCUUUGGCGUCGUCCAAGCGGAAAGACUCACCAGAGCUUCUACAUCCGAUCAACAGCGAAUCUGGUCGGCCAAGCUUGUGGCAAAAAACGCACGGAACUCCAGCCAUUGAUAUUCGUUUGUCUACCGCUAAGCGAUCCAGCAAUGGCUGGCCUGAUACCCAUGAAACAGGGAGCACGAUCUCAUCUGUAGAUCAGGAAGCUUCCGAGGCGUAUGAUCUCUGCAGAAUACCAAGCCCCGGGCCUAGGCAUACAUCUAUGGCGAACCCGGAUCCCUAUACACAGAGCGAUAGUAAAAGAUGCACAAUCUUUGUGUCUACUGACAUUUCGAGAGAGAGUAGCGACAGUUCCGGGGCAUCGUUGGAGUCUCCUCGCGUUGAGACAAUAAUAUCAUCGUCACCAAGGCACAAACCAGUCGACCGGAUUAGACCGUUACCCACGCCGCCUCAGCGCAAGUCUUCAAACUUGAACGGGCCGUUGCCGUCGGUUCCAAAUUCGCCAUUAACGACCAGUUCUUCCGAACGCUUUUCAGUCGUGAGCCGUAAUCCUAGGUUGUCAAGCGGGACGUCUGUCUCCUAUACUGAUUCCGAGUUUGUGGGAUGUGCCCCUACAGAUGCGUCGACCGACACAUUUUGGACGGCUCACGAUUCGAUCUGGGAGUCCCAGAGGCGACACGAGCCAUCACUCACGAGCUCAUCUUCGACCGACAGCAAAGUUAUGAGAGAUGAGAUACUGGCUGGCGAUGCCUCGUCCGUGAAUCGAACUCGUCCAAACGAACCAAGGAAUCCUUAUACAUUCUGGAAUACUGUCUCUCCAAGUACCCUUGCUCCUACUGCUACCCCUCCAGCCUCAAAUGACGUCUCCCCAAGCUCUCAAAAAUUUGGACUUUCCUCCCCCUGGUCAUACAACUUCUCUCCAACAAGCCCAACAGUGAACUUUGUGUCUUCACCGUCAGGAGUUGCCUGUUCAUCCACAUUCACCCGCGAGGGACCAGAUCCGGGAAGGGUAGAGCAUCAUAAAGACGCCACCAGCGGUGGGAUAUCUCUUGAUUCAUCGCCUUCAGGAUCGACAACAAAAGAUCUCGAGCAUACACGCUCUGCUCGCAACAGCUCUGAGCCGGGUCUUCCAAUUCAGCGUCCAGUCUCGCACCCAGCGGUCUCGACAGCGUCUCGAGCCCCAUGGCCAAAGGACAUCCUGGCCCAACAGCAUUCCCAUUCUUUCUAUCGUCCGUUCCAAAUCAAAGAGUUUGACCCGUCGUCCGUCUGUGUUCAGCCUUCGCUCAUGAGAAUGGAGUCGACAGACUUGGCUGGCCCUAUCCAUUGGAGUGGUGUCGACGAUUUAUUAGAGUCAAUGAUAAAGUCAAAUAUGACACAUGCCGAAGCCUCAAAGUCGUGGACCACCGCUUUCUUGCCCUCUGUAUCUUCUUCUGCACCUCCGGCACGGGAUAUUGACAUGGAAUCGAGCUUCAUGAGUGGGAGCAUGGAGACAGUGAGACCAGAGAUACCAGUGCCCCUUUUUACCUCGAUCGACACGAUGGCUGCUAAUUAUGGUCUCUGCAAGCUGCCAUCGCCGACCUGCGAUGGUGACCCGCACUAUCCGUUCAACUCGUCGUUUUGCUCAGAAAGACAGCCUAGCGUCGCCUUGUGGAGUAGGAGGCAUAUGGACGUUCCGCCAUUACCUUUGUCCAGAAGCAACAUCUUUUCAUCGGGCUCCAGAGGUGAGGAGGCAAUCUUGAACCCUCGGAGGUCCAGGCCGACGCCGGAGAUGGUACCGCAGAGCCAGAGCAGAGAAGGACAAAGGAGCAAUGGCGAAGCCGCAGGCUCCGAAAGUGAGGUUGCUUCAGCGCAUCAACGCCGACCUCACCUAUCUAAUGCUCUUGAUUCACCAUCUUCUACAAAGUCUCUGCCACAUUGCUUCGAUCAUGGAUCCCUCCUGGUGACUCAUUCUGCACCAAAGCAGGUGCAGGUCCAAACACUCCAGGCAUUGGUUGGCGCUGUGAACAAAGAUUGGAUGCAGAGGCUGGAAUUAGACUCUGAGCUCUGGUUCCGUUGUGCUGCACUGCCGCCAUGUGAUUUGUUCGAAAAAGGCAUCGGGACCCUGAGGGAAUACUUUCGUGGCAGAUUGGGACAGACCUUCGAUGACGUCUUUGCGUUUAUACAUCUGGCAUUUGCUGCCGCGUUUCUCUUACACUAUCAGCAGGAUUUUUAUGGCUUGGAUACUUUUUAUUACGACGCUCUUCAGUGGCAGCAUGCGCUUUCCGACAAGGACGACAAGAUCUUGUUUCUGAAGGUUAUGAAUCGUUGGUCGUGGCUACCUAAGAUUCAGCCUACCCUGUUAUUCAAUAGCAGUCGCCAUGCAAGCGUCGGAAGCAGCAUCUCCCGGGAGUCACUCAACUGUAGCAACCAGGCAGACAUGUUGGAUGUAUUAAGAAACAGUGAGGUUUUCAAAGGUUGCAUUAGUUUCCUCGACGGCAAGCCAACACUUAUUCCAUUCAAGAUUUAA